CCCCAAACAAAGGACCCGCCGGGUCCUAGUGCCCGCCUUCUCAGACACCUUCGCGCCUCCGGGUCCUAGCGCCGGCGCAUCGCUUGCUGCCCACCCUGCCCACCUCUAUCUCUGCGGGUGCACAGUACCUGCCCCCACUUUACUUGCCUUUACCUUUCGUCUUGUGCGCUGGCCUCCAGCUCCCAUCCGUCCUGCACCUGCUUUGGCUCUACCCAUCUGCAACAGUCCUCUCCACGUGUUUCCCACGCACCCCACUUCUGUGCCCCCCUUCCCACCCCCUUGAUCCCUAGCCUUUUGCCCCGCACCUUAGCUUUUUACCACGUUUCCCAGCCUGGUGCAGUAUUCAUGAGCCCCCCGCCCCCCGCUUUAAUUCAUCCAUCCUCCAUCCAUCCAUCCAUCAAUCCAUCAUCCUCCCUACCUCCCUCCAGUUCAUCCAUCCAUGCCUACAAGCCUCCAUCCUUUCCUGGGCUUCUUGCCCUGCCCCUUGGCUCUCUCCCUUGACCCCUAUUUUCUGUAGGCCCUUUGAGUGCCUUUGGUGAGCAGGCCUGCAGCCCCUUCUGAUCUUUGUCUCCUGGGCCCCAGGGAGCACCUGGCCUCGUGGCCUUUCGGGGUGACAACAAGCAUCACACCCCUGAAGAAGUUUGCAAGUGAGAAGAGGUGGAGGAGGAGAUGGCUUUAAUGACACUUGUUCUCCUUUGAGACAACUGACUUCCAGCUCUGUUCCCUCAUUCUCCACACUUGGAUUUAAGGGACUUAGAAGAGUAGGAGCUGCCCCUUGUCUUUUGCAUGCCUAACCCACUCCCACUCAUGUCUGGGUGUUACUAUUGCCAAUAAUCAUCUCAUCCCAAAAAGGGGCAACUCCUUAGUGAGCAUUAGAGAGCCAACCUAGAAGGGAGUCCAGGCCACCCUUGGACAGCCCCAUGCUGAGUGGGCUAAGAUGGGGCCCUUGUCAGGGUCUAGGUGCACUGAGAACCGGAAAUGGAGUCAGACGGAUUUGGUGACUCAGAAUUGAUCCCCCCCCCAAGGGACAGGGAGGGGGCUUAGAGGAGGGGAGGUGAGGAGUGAGGUAGGGGGAUGGGGAAAGAGCUGCUUUGCACAGCUAAGAUGUUUUUGUCAUUAACCCAGAAACUGAGGUACAAGGGCAACCCCUGGACAAAGCCCCCCUAAGAAGGGGAGGGGCUUGCGUAGCUGAUCAAGGAGACUUUGAAGAUGCCAAAGGGUCCAAAGACAGCAGUUUCUCUACUCUAUGGCCAUCCUAUCAGUGCAGGACCUGAGAAGCUGAGUGUAACUUUGAUGAUACUAUGGGGCUGAACUGGAGGAGAGUAGCAAAAACAUGAAGAAGUUGGACGCCAUGACCCUCAUUAAAGAAGACAUGUCCAUCUUCGGGCACUGCCCCGCCCAUGACGACUUCUAUUUGGUUGUGUGUAACCACUGCAGCCAGGUGGUGAAACCUCAAGCCUUCCAGAAGCAUUGCGAAAGAAGACAUGGGCCCCUCAGCAAGCUUUAUGCCCGGGCCCCACCCCCACCUCCAGCCCCUGCCAGCUCUCAGAAAUGCCAUGUAGUGAAUGGGCAGGGCCCAGCUUGUAGAGCCCCAGGUUCUACCAAAACCUCCUCCAGGGAGAAGGGCCAGGGGUCCCGGAGCCGUGGCCAUCAGCCUCCUGAGAAGACCCAGAAGGACAACCUCUGCCUUUUCGUGCCUGUGGUGAAUCUGGAGAAGAUGUCCAGUCUCCCGAAGCCUGAUGGACAAGGAGUCAGGGUGGCUCCACCCUCUGCUUUCCUCAGUCAGCCAGGAGGCCUCCCCAAGGACUCCCCUGGAAAAGUCCCCACGGCCCCCUCUCCUAAAGAUCCUCCUGGCAGAGAGAACAUCGAGUUAAUUCCUGGUGAGGGCUCCAAUCACCGGGCCGAAGGCAGCCCCCCGGAGAAGGAGCCCAGUGGAGCCAGGCUGCCUCCUAAAACCCACCGAAAGAUGGCUCGUAAAGAGUUUGACCUCAACAGGCAGUGUGGGGUCAUAAAUCCAGAGACCAAGAAGAUCUGUACGCGACUAUUGACCUGCAAGAUCCACUCAGUGCACCAACGCAGGGAGGUCCCAGGCAGGACCAAGGAUUUUGACGUGCUAGUGGCUGAACUGAAAGCCAACUCUCGCAAAGGAGAAUCUCCCAAGGAAAAGAGCCCAGGAAGAAAAGAGCCAACUCUCGAGCGCCCCUCUCAGGAGCUUCCCUCUGCCAUCCAGGGUGCAGCGGUAGCAGCUGCCCCCAGCAGCACCUCUGCUCGUUCUAAGCAGGCCUAUCCAUACUGUGCAUUUCCCAGGUCCCAGGCCUCCUCUGAGAGUGAGGUGGAUGAUGAAGGUCCCUGUGGUGGUGAUGGGGAUCCAGGCCUGUUCCCUUUCCCUCUGCCCCGGGGUGGGGCCCAGGCCUCCAGCGAGGAGAGUGAGGAGGAGGGGACCUCUGAUGACCUCCACUUUCCCCCUGACUGCCAUUAUGCAACCCGGCCCCCUAGGCCACAGGCGUUUUGCACAUUUGGAAGCCGGCUGGUGAGCCCAGGAUGCUACGUGUUUAGCCGCCGGCUAGACCGGUUUUGCUCAGCACUCAGCUCCAUGCUGGAACGGCACCUCAGCUCACACAUGUGGAAGAAGAUCCCACCAGCGGCUGAACCUCCAUCCCAUCUUGUCAGUCCCUCCUUAGCUGAUCCCCUGAGUCCAUCCUCUAUGGGCAGCUGCCCCCGACUCCCAGGCCCAUCCCCCCGACCUGCCUGCCCAGCCUCCAUACCCCCCAUGAAGGACAGCCUUGUCCCUAGCUACCCUGCAGGCUCUCCCAGUGUAGCAGCUGCCUGCAGCCAGGCAGAGUGCAUGGGCGGUAGCCAGGCUAUUACCUCACCACUGCCUGCCAAUACUCCAUCUCCGUCCUUCAGCAAGCUGCCACCUUCCAAGGCCAGCAAGUCGUCCAAAAGCAAGGAAGGGGUGGAGAUGGAGGCCCCUUCUCGAAAGCGGAAGUUAUCCCCUGGCCCUACCACUUUCAAACGGACCUGCAUCCUGGAACCUGCUGGAAAAGGCAAACCCUCUGGCUGUCGGGGUCUCUCAGCCAAGACUAAAACAACCCUGAGCAUGGGGCUUAAUGGAACAGUGGGGCCAAGAGUGAAAAGAGCAGGUCCCUUGGACUGUCGGGGUUCCCCUCACUCAUCCCCCAUACCAGUCAAGGCUUCUCAAAUAGAGAACCGGGGAGCAGCUGGACACCCAGCUAAGGUCCUGCCAACCAACUGCCUCUCCGAGGAGGAGGUAGCCAAGAAGCGGAAAAACCUGGCCACUUACUGCCGGCCAGUCAAGGCCAAGCACUGUCAGGCGGGUGUCCCUCCUGAUGGCACCUGCUCUGUUCGUCGUAAGAAACCAGGUCCAGCCCUGCCCUUUGAGGAGAAGUGCUCUACACUGAAGUCAAAAGCCCAUUAACGAGAAAGUGCCUGCCCACUGCAACGGAGCCGCCAGCACCUCCUCCCCUCCAGAUCCGGGCCCCAGGCUGCUGCCGCUUUUUAUAACUUUAUAUUAUUUUUUUUAAGAAAAAAAAAACUCUUUAAAAUACCUCAA